AGAGGACACUGACACAGAAACUAAAUAACUACUCGCUUUCUGUAAGCAACUUCACUCACUCAUUUUAAUAUACUGUAAAUACCAUGUUUAGCUAAACUAAACUAGUAAACUGACAGCCUUUAUUUGACUUCAGGCAAGUAAAUAAAGUCAAAGCCAAGGAUAAUAAUGGAGCAAGAUUUAGACCUUGCAGACUUGUAUACAGCAGGUCCUGGAGGAUCAGAUCCUAAGGUUCUUGCUGUUGUUCAGGAUACAGCAGAUAAGAAUGAGUUUCUGACCUCACCCUCAGCACCUCAAGAUGUUUCAUUGGUUCACGUGAAAGUGGACUGGCCAGGAGAACUACCUGAGAAAUGGAGAUUUUAUCUGCAAACAGCUCUUCAGUCCUGGUGUAACUCUGAAGUAUCAGAGAACUGCAGUGUUAAUGUAGUUCAGCUUUUAGGUGAUGGACGCACUGCAGAGGUGGAGGUAACGCCAUCAACUGCUUUAAUUUAUACAGAAACUGCCACUUUAAUGUUCAAGAAGGUCAACAGAAAAGCCAAAGUCUACUUUCAGAAAGCUGAACCGCAGCCUGGGAAUAAAUCUUUCACUCUGAAGGAGAAGAAGAAAGUGAAUUCUGAGACUGAUCCAGGAACAAUCCAAAUUUCAAACAUGAUGGACAUGGGAACUAUUUCUAUUGUCCCAGGACAUGAUGUGAUGUCCAGAGCUUCCGGUGCUCUUACUGUCCCUCCCUUUCUAUACUGCUACCUGAUUCAAGCUUACAAGAAGGAGGUGGAAAAAAUUGAGAAUGUGUUUGGAGUUAAAAUAAAAGCAGAAACAUGUAUUUCAUUCUCCACUGAGAAAACUGAUGAGAAGAAUGGAAGUGAUUCUGUCAGAAGAGCUACUGAGGCCUUUACUGAUCUUUACCAGGCUAAAGCAAAUAAUCUCAAACCUGUUUCCAUUCCUCAAACACACAUGGAGUCUGAGAUCAUGAAAGAGGUGCUGCGUAAUAUUCCACAUGAAGAGAGAAAGAUCACGUUAAACAUGUCAGCAAACAACCACCUGCUGUUUGGACCAGAAAACAUUACAUCAAUGGUGGAACGUCAUUUAAAUCCGGAUCGAGGUGAUGAAGAAGCAACAUCAUUUAACCACAGCAAGUCACAUAAUAUGGAGACAUCAAGUAAUUGGAUUUCAACACAAAAUACCUUUCAGAGCUUGGACAUGGACAUCAAGGACACUCCCACUGUGAUUGAGAUGGAUGAGGCACACUGGCAGCUGAUGGAGGCUGCAUGUAAGGAACAGAUUAGGAAGAUCCAAAAUAAAUAUGGAGUUGAGUUUCAUGCUGAACCAGUCCAAGGCUCAAUGAAGGUGCUCGCCCUCUCUGUAGGAACUCAUCAGGUCAAUCUUCAAGCUCACGCCCUCAGUGCCUUAACUCGUCUCUACCAAAAGGUAGUCACCUCAGCGGCCACCUGUGAUCUUAAAGAUGCUUCAUACACUGAAACUAGUACACUAGUGUCUCAGGUCUUUAAGAGAAUUAAAUCUCAACACAACUGUGUUGGUGGAGGAGAAAGAAAUGGAAGCUGGAAACUUUUUGGACUGCCAAAGCAUCUUGUUCCUACCAUAGCUGACAUCGAGAAGACUAUUGGACAGCCUGUAUUUGAUGAAAAAAAGAAGAAAAUGCUCGGAUAUCCCUGGAAAUUUCCACAGGCUAGUGGAUUUGAGAGGGAUCAAAUGGAGAUGGAUGUGAUGAGAGGGGCACAUGGCACUGACCUGAGAGCUGGAAGAGAGAAUCCUGAUUUCACCCAAAAGUUCCCAAAUAAAGCAAUAAAAAAUGAUAAAGCAGAAGAAAAUGAAGAUAAAUGUUCAAUUUGCCUGGAUACGUUUACUGAAAAGACAAAACUGGCCUGCGGUCAUGAGUUCUGUAAAGAGUGUCUAAAACUGUCAAUAAAGAGCAGUGGAGAAAUCUGCCCUCUGUGUAAGAAAAUCUUUGGGAAAUUAAAAGGAAACCAGCCUGAUGGACAAAUGCAGGUCAAAUUCAAAGAUACGGACCUCCCUGGAUUUAAACACUGUGGCACAAUUGAGAUUUAUUACAUCAUACCAGACGGCCAUCAGACGAGUGAUCAUCCAAACCCUGGAACACGUUACCAUGGAACUCAUCGCACUGCGUACCUACCGAACAACACUGAAGGAAAGAAUGUACUCACGCUCCUGCAGAGAGCUUUUGAUCAGAAACUCAUCUUUACUGUUGGAAUCUCCAGAACAACUGGAGCAGAUAAUGUGGUGAUCUGGAACGACAUUCAUCACAAGACGAAUAUACACGGUGGACCACAGGGGUAUGGCUAUCCAGACCCUAACUACUUAAAGAGGGUGAAGGAAGAGCUGAAAGCCAAAGGCAUUGAGUGACUGAAUAAAAAUACAGAACUCCGAAUAAAUAUUGUAUUUAUAUCUGGAUUCCUUUAAAAUACUAUUAAAAACACAAAUCAAAGGACACACUGUAAGUAACAUCUAAAAGAAAUUAAUAUGAAAAUGCUGAGAUGAAUGUUAUCUUUAACGCUGUGUGACAUGCCUACUGCAGAUUAUUAAUCAGGUGAUGGAUUGAAUAUUCUCUUUGGUAGAUUUGAUGGAUUUCUUGUUUUCUCUUAAUUCUGAUUUCUGUGUCUGUUGGUUUUGAAGAUUAACAGAAAUGGUAAUGCAACUUUAUAUAAAUAGUUUGAUUUUGUUUAGAAGUUUCAGAUUGUCUGUGUGAUUAGAUGCUGGAAUGGUGGACUGUCAAAAAAAUUAAAAGAGAAGUAGAACAAACGAUAAAAAAUGUCUAUAAAUGUGAUUAACGACUUCUUUUGCCAUUCUACAAUAGCUGUUUCUGAAGCAAUUAUAAUUAUUUACAAUGGAAGUAAUUCUGAGAUAAGCAAAUAACAACAAUAUUAUUUACAGUUAUAUGUACACUGCUUAAAAACAUUAAAGGAACACUUUUUAAUCAGAGUCUAGCAUCAAGUCCGUUAAAUUCCUGGGAUAUUGAUGUGGUCAGUUUGUCACUUCAGCCAUAUAUAGCAGAUACACAGUGA